AUGGCUCGGCGCGCGCUGAGCUGGAGGCCGAACGUCGCUCGAACCACGUGGGCCGGGGCGGGGCCGGGAGGCGCCCCGGAAGCAGACGCCUCCAGAUCCCGGAAGCGCGCGCCGGGGCGGGGGAUGGCGGCGGCGCAGAGGCUGGGGCUGCGAGCGGCGGCGCUGGGGUCCCUGCUGCGGGCGGCGGGCGCGGGAUCGGCCCCGGCCCGCGCCGCCCGGAGGAGCGUCCUUGGGGUCAUCUCGCGCCCAGGGUUGGUCUGGAGGCCCAGCAGGUGUGGCAGCUCUUCAGCCGAAGCAACUGCCACAAAAACGGAAGACGACUCCUUCCUCCAGUGGUUUCUGCUUCUCAUACCUGUGACUGCCUUUGGCCUGGGGACAUGGCAGGUCCAGCGCCGGAAGUGGAAGCUACAGCUGAUCGCAGAACUAGAGUCUAGAGUUAUGGCCGAGCCCAUCCCGCUGCCCACAGACCCGAUGGAACUGAAGAACCUGGAGUACCGGCCAGUGAAGGUCAGGGGGCACUUUGACCACUCUAAAGAGCUGUACAUGAUGCCGCGGACCAUGGUGGACCCGGCCCGGGAGGCCCGGGAGGCCGGCCGGCUCUCGUCGGCGGCUGAGAGCGGUGCCUACGUGGUCACUCCCUUCCGCUGCACUGCCCUGGGAGUCACCAUCCUGGUAAAUAGAGGGUUUGUGCCCAGGAAGAAAGUGAAUCCAGAUACGCGGCGCAAAGGCCAGGUUGAGGGAGAAGUGGACCUAGUCGGGAUGGUGAGGCUGUCGGAGACCAGGAAGCCCUUUGUUCCCGAGAAUAAUCCCGAGAGGAACCACUGGUAUUACCGGGACCUGGAGGCCAUGGCCAGGCUCACAGGCGCAGAGCCCAUCUUCAUAGAUGCCGACUUCGAGAGCACAGUCCCUGGAGGACCCAUUGGAGGGCAGACCAGAGUCACCCUGAGGAACGAGCACGUGCAGUACAUCAUCACCUGGUACGGACUCUGCGCGGCCACCUCGUACCUGUGGUUUAAGAAAUUCCUAAGCCGGACUCCUGGUGUGUGACAAGGUUGGCGGAUGUAGCCCUGUCCCUGUACAGGUGAAGCCACUUCAAGAGAUGCGUCUUUAGGCUGAUAAGGUGU